UCUGUGUUUGUUCUAAUAAUAAACACAAGAUCACCGCUCAGCCGUCUCUCACACCACUGCCCCCAAUUCCAUCAGCAGCUCCUCCGUCUACCACCACCGGUUUUUAACGCUUGUCUGAGUGUCAUGACUAAGUUAAGGAAGCUCAAUCGUCCCACUGGACAUCGAAUUUCCAUGCUCAGGACUAUGGUCUCGCAGCUGGUGAAGCAUGAAAGAAUAGAAACUACUGUUGCCAAGGCAAAAGAAGUCCGCCGACUUGCUGAUAACAUGGUGCAGCUCGGGAAAGAGGGCACCCUUUGUGCUGCUCGCCGUGCUGCUGCUUUUGUGCGAGGGGAUGAUGUUAUUCACAAACUAUUUACAGAGUUGGCUUACCGAUACAAGGAUAGGGCGGGAGGAUAUACAAGAGUGCUUCGAACUCGGAUAAGAGUUGGUGAUGCUGCACCAAUGGCAUAUAUAGAGUUCAUAGAUAGGGAAAACGAGCUUAGACAGUCAAAACCCCCAGCCCCGCAACCAGCUCAAAGACCGGGAUUGGAUCCUUGGACAAGAUCUCAGCUAAGCAGAAGUUUUGCAUCUCCAAAAGAAGUCAAAAGCUCUGAAGCAGAAGAUUAAAACUCAUUGUCACUUGAAUCAUAUCUUCUGAAAGGAUAAGAAGGUGUUAGUAACAAUGGUGACACUACUAUAAACUUCUCUGAGCACAAUAUUCCAAGUUUGUAGCAACAUUUUGUUACACUGAUAUGUUUCAUGAAUCUAGUUUAUUACAUUGUUGUGGAGGGAGUAACCUGGUCUACAGUAUGAUCAUAAAAUCGCUUUGAAUUUUGGAUCCCGUAUGAAUAGUUUCUUCGGUAUAAUAAGAUAGCAUUUUGAGUCGA